AUGGAAAAAUCAAAAGCUAACAAAAAGGGGCUAUAAUUGAUUACAACAUUCUUUAAAUAGUAAAAGAAUUAAGAGUUGAAUUAAAGUACUCAGAUAGCAGAGGAAAUAAAGCAAAAGGAAACUUAAUCUAAAGAUAAAAAUGCUCAAUCUUAAGAGUUAAGCGAAGUUACAGUACAUGACUAUGGAAAACAUAAAACCCAGGUUAAAAGAAAAUCUUAGCCUUUUUAACCUAAAGGAAUAAUUUUCCCGAUUAGAAUUAAAUUCCCUAUUGUUGCUAAGUUUCUAUGCCACGCAGGAUAAGCUGACAAGUGGAUUAAUUUUCACUAAGCUCAUCAUAUAUUCAUUGAGAGAGAGCCUAAAAACAAAUAUGAUUAAAAAGCUAUAAAAGUAGGGGUAAAGCAGCAUGAGAGUUUUUUGUUGGCAGAUGGAUAAUCAUUUAGCCAUAACUUGAUUUAAGAUAAAGAAGAAGUUGAAAAGUAACAAAAUAAUGAAGAUUAUGAGAAAUAUCUACAGACAUUUUACCUCGGCUAUGCACCGAAAGAUAUUGCUUAUAAUCUCUCAGUCAUUCUAGAUAACCCAAAGAUAUUUAACACUGAGAAUGUCAUUUAUUCAACUCAAGGAAAGUAAAGUUUUAUUGAGGUUGAUAUUCAUCUCUAGCAAAAAGUGCUAAGAGAUUAGAGAAUACCUAAGGGAUAGAAUUAUUAAUUAAAGAGAUUACCAGGAAUGCCUGCUUACAUGAGACAGGCAGUUUAUGCUACUGCCAAGAAUAACUUGAAUAAAAAUGUCUAAGGUUCAAUAGAUAUUGAAGAACUAGAGGAAUAAAUUUAAUAAGAAGAGGAAGAGGUCAAAAACUAAGAGGAAUAAGAAUUAUUGAAUUAAGAAAGAAUAAAAAAUGAGCAGAACAAAUACAACAGAAAUUUCAUUCUGGUAAUUGAAACAGUUAAAAAUUACCCAAACUUAUUUGAUGAAUCAGAAAAAGAAAUGCUAGACAUUUAUGUCAAAAAGAUAUCAAGUAAUGCUCAAACCAUACUUGCUAGAUUGAUGCUCAGAAAAAGAAAGUGGUUCAAUUCUGCUGUUCAUUUAGCUAAGUAUUUUUCAGAUUAGAAUACUAUAAAUGAAGCUUUAACAGAAUUAGAAACUUUUGAUUUUAUCCAAGCAGACAUGAAAGUUAUUGAAAAUCUAUUAAGAUAACUUCAAAAUCAAGAUGAAUAACCUUAGCUAGAAGAAUUAGUAGAAUUUCUUGAGGAUAUUACUUCCUAAAAACUUCAAGAUAUUAACAAAUUUAUCAACAAAACUAUUAAGGGAGUAAGGAUUGAAAAUUAUGUUAAUGUGCUUGAAGUGGGACUGAACCCUUUUUAUGGGUUUUAAAAUCAUCUUGAGGGAAUGAGUUUUGGUAAUGAUAUUGAUAGUCUUGAUAAAAAGAUUAGAUAGCUAUAUGAUUUGAACAAGAAACUUACAAAGAGAUUUUCAGGCAUGAUUUCUGAGUAUAUGCUUGAUAAUUAGAAGAAAUUUAAAUAGGCCAUUAACAAAAGGAAUGUUAUUCACAAAAUAUUGAGGAAAAUUCAGGCAUUACUAAUGAUCGAGAAUGGAUCUAAAGACAUGACAUUAAAUCAGAGUGUAAAUUUAAGUAUGCUAAGUUCAAAUGAUAAUCAGCAUAAUUUGCUAAGAUUCUUCACUUUUUAAUAGCAAUCUUUGCUAGAUGUAAAUUUCACUUAGGUUGGAGAGAAUAAAUCUUAAUCUGAAAAGAAAAAAGUGUAAAAUUUACCACAAUUUGAUAAAAUUCGACAGAAACUGGAAGAUAUUAUGAAAGGUAUAAGAAUUAUCAUAAAUGGGAAUAACGAAUAAAUACUUUUUAAAAUUGCUGGAAACAUUGAUGGUCUGUUAUCUUGA